AAAUUCUUUAACAAAUACACUUAAGAAAAACAUGCAGUCACAAUUUAUUGCGUCACCCUACGUUGCGAUCCAAAAACGGAUGGGCAGCUUGUUCACCACGAGACGUUAAAAAUUUUUUAUUCGAUUUUAUUCAUUUUGAAAUUUAAUGAUUUAACUAAAACGAAAUGAGUGGUCGGAACCGGGGUAAAGGAAAGAGAGGCGGAGGGCCCUAUCGCAAUGUCAAAGCGAAUCACAAUUGCGCCCGCAGCUUUGCACAACAAGCAAACGAACUGGCUAGCAGCAGCGUAGGUGACAGUUCAGACUCGGAAUCAUCCGGAGGAGGAGCUAAGGAUGAUCUCGGUCAGCCGCCAGAGUUCGCUGUGGCCAUGUGGGAUCUGAACCACUGCGACCCGAAGAAGUGUUCAGGCAGAAAACUGGCGCGUCUGGGACUCAUUUCUAAUCUACGACUGGGUCAGAAGUUUCCUGGUCUAGUCCUCUCACCCGUUGGCCAGUUGUGUGUCAGUCCUCUGGAUCGGGAAGUGGUAGCCUCCUCCGGUGUGGCUGUGAUCGACUGCUCCUGGGCGAAGCUCGACGAGACGCCCUUUGGUAGAAUGCGCAGCCCUCAUCCUCGCCUGCUGCCCUUCCUGGUGGCUGCCAAUCCCAUCAACUAUGGUAAACCCUGCAAGCUCAGCUGCGUGGAAGCCAUCGCCGCAACUCUGUAUAUCUGUGGAUUUACGGAGGAGGCUCGCUGGUUUUUGGGAAAGUUCUCCUGGGGUCAUGCUUUCUUGGAGCUGAACGAGAAGCUCCUCAACGCGUAUGCGGCCUGCAAAAGCAGCGACGAGAUUGUCAAGGUGCAGAACGAGUACUUAGAGCAAGAGCAGCAGGAGCGGGACAAACCAAGAGAUCUGCGCGAUUUCUAUCCCACCAGCAGUAGUAGUAGCGAGUCGGAAAGCGAGGACGAUAAUGAGGAAGCGAAAACGAAAACGAAUAACUGAUCUUUACAAGGUGCUGACAUUUUAUUAGCAUUACCAUUAGCUUAUUACAAAAAAUGUUUACGUGUGUUUUAAUAUACAAACCAGUUGUUAGAAGCAACUAUAGAAUUAUUGCAAACUA